AUGUCGAAAAAACAUAAUCUUUUGACAAAAUAUUUCAAAAAGGAUAAGAUAACAGUUGUUAAUCAAUCACCAACAGAACCUAAUAUGGAAAUAAAUGAAGAAAAUGAAGGUGAAGCAUGUUCUUUUAAGCGUUUAAAAUUGCAUGAAAAUAAUGAUUUAACGACAUCAACAUCUUUAGCACUACCAAUCUAUUCAAUAACAUCAUCAACAUAUUCAAUGACAUCAACUUGUUCAACAACAUCACCAACAUAUUCAAUAACAUCAACAUCUUCAGCACCACCAGUCUGUUCAAUAAAAUCAUCAACAUAUUCAAUAACAUCAACAUCUUCAGCACCACCAGUCUGUUCAAUAAAAUCAUCAACAUAUUCAAUAACAUCAACUUGUUCAGCAACAUCACCAACAUACUCAACAAUAUCAACUUAUUCAGCAGCAUCACCAACAUCUUCAGCACCACCAACCUGUUCAAUAAUGUCACCAACAUAUUCAAUAACAUCAACUUGUUCAACAACAUCAUCAGCUUCUUUAAGAUCACCAACGUAUUCAACAACAUCACCUCGUGAACGAGAUCCUUGUCACGGACCAUCAGCAACAAAACAAUUUGUUUUUCUAGGCCCAUAUCAACCUGAUUUAAAGUUUCCGACGGUUAAUAAUCGUCAUUUUUAUCGACAAUGGUAUAGCAUGUACUCUUGGUUGGAAUAUAGUGAAGUGAAAGAUCGUGCUUUUUGUUUCGUUUGCCGUUUGUCGUAUGGAAGUGGUAAAACAGAUGAUUCGUUCACUGUAACAGGUUUUAGUGUAUGGAAAAAUGAUCCAUCGAGAUUUAAACGUCAUCAGUCUUCUGUUUGUCAUAAGGAAGCAUUACAAACAUGGGAAACCAUGAAGCAAAAUUACAGUAAUAAUACUGAUGUUUUAAAAUUAAUGGAUAAACAACACGCAAAACAAGCUGCAGAAAAUCGAGCCUAUUUGAUUGAAAUUAUAAGAACUAUUGUGUUUUUAGAUUUACUUAAACAGCAAAUACAAAAUGAAAUUUUAAAACAUUGUCACCGUGCUAAAUAUUAUUCCAUAAUGAUUGAUGAAACAACAGAUAUAGGUUGCCAUGAGCAAGUAUCAUUGAUUUUAAGAUAUGUUGAUGAUAAAUUAAAUGUUUACGAAAAAUUUAUUGGCUUUGAGCGUACAUCAGCUAUGACAGGAGAAGCUUUAUAUGAAUUAGUGGUCGAAUGGUUAAACAAACUUGGUUUAAAAUUAGAAAAUUUGGUUGGACAGUGUUAUGAUGGAGGUAGUAAUAUGAGAGGGGAAUAUAAGGGGGUGGCAGCUCGUUUGAGACAAGUAGCUCCUUUAGGCUUGUACGUACAUUGUAAUGGUCAUAUAUUAAAUUUGUGUUUGGUCGAUGUGUCAGCUCGUGUACCAUCUGUUCGAAAUAACUUUGGGGUUGUUUCAUCACUUUAUAAUUUAAUUGAAGGUUCAGCUAAACGUUAUCAAGUUUUUGAAAAUAUUCAGAAGGAAGCUGGUUUACAGACACUUACAGUUAAACAGUUAUGUGAAACACGUUGGACUUGUCGUUUUGAAUGUUUAAAAGUGAUUUUACUUCGCUUUAAUGAAAUAAUAACAACAUUAGAUGUUAUAAAUGUUCCAGAAGCAUUUCUUCUUCUCAAUUCAUUACAAUCAUUCGAUUUUAUAUAUCAUUUAGUUAUUAUGAGUGAAAUAUAUAUCUUAACAAAUAUACUUUCUAAAUUUUUACAACUAUCUAAUAUCUCAUUAACAGAUGCACUUGUUCAAGUUAAAACCACAGUUGAUGCGUUAAAAUCAUUACGAAAUGAACAUGAGUUUCAAAAGCUGUAUAAUGAAGCCAUGAAAAUUGCUGAUGCUUAUGAUAUUGAACCUCCCAAAGACAUUCGAAGAAAAAAGAUACCUGCACGUUUAGGUGGUGGUGUCGAUGCAGCAACUGAGUUAAGUGUGAAGGAUUAUUAUCGAAUCAAUAUUUAUUAUAUUAUUUUGGAUACAAUAAUUACUUCAAUUAAUAAUAGAUUUGAUGAAAAUGUUAUUGGUGUUAUUGUUUUAAUGGAGAAAUUGUUUUUAAGCAAAGAGUUGCUUAAUGAAAAUGAACUUCAUGAUUUAUCAAAAACCUAUUCAAUUAGUUAUGAUGAUUUAAAGGCAGAGCAACGACUUUAUAAGGUUAAUAUGAAACAACAGAAAAUGAAUUUAGCUGAAGCAACUACAUUUAUCUUGGAAAAUAAUUACCAUUUAGCAUUUUCAUCUAUGAAUGAGUUAUUGAAGGUUUUAUGGACUAUACCAGUGAACUCAUGCGAAUGUUCAGAUACUGAAAUCAGUAACUAUUUUGAUGAUUCAACAUCAGAUAUAGAUACUGAAAUCAGCAGCUAUUCUGAUGAUUCAACAUCAGGUUCUGAUGAAAAAGAACUACCAUCAAGUGAAAAUAAAACGGAAUUUCUAAAUUGGAAACGUGGAAAAUUUGUUCCUAAAUCAUUAAAUUUCAAUAAUGAUACGGCAGGAAUAGCAAGUGAUUUAGACUUAGAAAACGAUCCUAUUGAUUAUUUUGAGCUUUUUUUCAAUCAGAAAAUCAUGGAAUACGUUGCUGAAGAAACCAAUAGAUACCAACAACAGAAUCCAUCAGCAUCAACAUCAACAAGUCAUCAAGCACAAUGGUACGCAACCAACUUCAAAGAGAUGUAUGUUUUUAUUAGGGAUGCACCAAUUCCAAUUCCGACCAAUUCCAAUCCUUGGAAUUGGUUGGAAUUGGUUGGAAUUGGAAAUAGAAUUGGUUGGAAUUGGCCGGAAUUGGAAUUGGUCGGAAUUGGAAUUGGAAUUGGUCGGAAUUGGUCGGAAUUGGAAUUGGAAUUGGUUUGGAAUUGGUUGGAAUUGGUCGGAAUUGGUGUGGAAUUGAUUGGAAUUGGUAUGGAAUUGGCCAGGAAUCGGUUGGAAUUGGUCUGGAAUUGGCCGGUAUUGGUCGCAAUCAGCAUCGAUUAG